CUUCCUGACAAGUGCCCAGUUUGCGUGUGAAAGUGCCCCACUUCCUGCUGCAUCUGUCACCCUGUAAAGUACGUGUGCGCUGAUGGGUUGAUCCUGCCUCUCCCCCCUCCUCCACCUCAUCAUCAGCCCACUCCUCGGCUCAGCUUUUACUCUGCUUCCAGCUGGAGAACUCCUCGGUCAUCUCCAUCCCGCCCGCUCCAAGGAGAAGAAGCGCAUCCAGGAGCAGGCGGCUCUUAUUCCUUGUACUAACGACCGGCGGCAGCUUCGGAGACUCAGCCUGGUCAACUUCCCUCGCUGUGUGAUCUUGGAUCAAAGAUGUUGUGUGGAAUGACGUCGUGUGGCAGGAAAGCUCUGACUCUUCUGAGCAGCGUGUUUGCUGUGUGCGGCUUAGGUCUGCUCGGAGUAGCGGUUAGCACGGACUACUGGUUAUAUCUGGAGGAAGGGGCCUUUUCCCCCCUAAACAUGACGACAGAAGUCAAGAUGUCUCUGCACUCUGGCCUGUGGAGAGUCUGUUUCUUGGCAGGAAAGGAGCGUGGGCAUUGCUUUACCAUCGAGUACGUGAUGCCGAUGAAUAUACAGCUGACCUCGGAGUCUACCAUCAGUAUUUUAAAAAUGAUCCGAUCAUCCACCCCUUUCCCACUGGUCAGCCUGUUUUUCAUGUUCAUUGGCUUUGUGCUGAAUAACAUUGGACACAUCAGACCUCACAGGACCAUCUUGGCAUUUGUGUCGGGGAUCUUCUUUAUACUUUCAGGAUUGUCGCUGGUUGUCGGGCUGGUGCUCUACAUAUCCAACAUCAACGAUGAGAUUUUGAACAGAACUCCAGACUCAGAAAGCUAUUUCCACUACAAGUAUGGAUGGUCCUUUGCCUUUUCAGCGAUAUCCUUCCUCCUGACUGAGAGUGCUGGAGUAAUGUCCGUCUACCUUUUUAUGAAGCGAUACACUGCCGAAGAGAUCUACAGACCUCGCCAAAGCUUCUACAGACCAAGGUUGAGCAACUGCUCUGACUACUCCGGCCAAUUCCUCCACCCAGAAGCCUGGCCUCGUGGGCGCAGUCCCUCUGAUAUUUCCAGUGAAGCUUCCCUCCAGAUGAAUGCCAGCUACCCGGCCCUUCUCAAAUGCCCAGAUUAUGACCAGAUGUCCUCCUCGCCCUGCUGAGUACAUGCCCACCACAGUGAUUUGCCACCAAGCUGCUAAGAUGCCCUGGAUCACAACUUAACAACUUCAGGACAACCUUAACACAAGCCAUCAGCUGGGGCAUGGGUUUGAGAGCCUGCGUAUUUGCAAAGCAUGGACUACCAGCUGACUGGGAUGGGGGGCAGGGGAAAGGGAGACCAGGAACAGAAACAAAGAUAUCAUGUUGUAUUAUUUUGUAACAAUGUGUGAUUUUGUAAUGCAUUCAUCGACUUAAAUAUUGUGGACUAUAUAAUACAAAGAAUCAUUGGAAAGUUUGUAAGAUUUAUACUAUUCAUAUGAAAUCAAGCUAAUUUAUUUUCUGCAUAGCAUUGUAAUGCAGUUAUUAGUGCAAUGUUUUUAGAAAUGAUCAUGUCCCCCAUAAUUUAAUCUUCAAAAUAUGAUUGACUUGCUGGCAUGAUGGGAGACUGAACCUGAACAUUAGAGCUCUACUGACAGGGAUUGAUGCACUGCAGAACUUCUUGACCACGAUGGGUCAUGGGGAUGUGGAACUUGUUUCCUCCAAAGACCUGUUGAGGCAAGGGGGGACAAUUGAAAAAUUCCAACCUGAAGAUUGGCAGGUUUUAAUGAUAUGGGUUUUAGUAAUUAUAGAACCAAGGUGGGUAGAUGGAAAUAUGAGGUUGACAAAAGUGCUGGAGAAACUCAGCGGGUGAGGCAGCAGCAUCUAUGGAGCGAAGGAAAUAGGCAACGUUUUGGGCCGAAACCCUUCUUC